AUGGCUGACGGUCAGAGCAACCAUGGAGUGCAAGAGGGCAACACCGCGCUGCUACAAAAACUCGCGUCUGCGGUUAACGGGCAUGCUGCCACUGCUACUUUUGCUUGCGGCGGAUCCGUACCUAUCUCAGACCUAAGUACGGGCAACCUUGGGACUGGCGCGCAGAACUUGUUUCCAUCUGUCACCAUACGAUGGGACUCGGAGGAUCACUAUAUCAAGCAAUCAAAGAUUUCCUUUCCUCUUCCACAUCAACACGAUGGCUCAUCCCGAAUGCUCAACGGCCUCCUUUCUAGUUGCAAGCGUGCGACAUUCGGCGUUGGUGGCCACGAUGUCCUGGACGAGAAAUACCGAAAGGCUGUGAAGCUAGACACAUCGCAAUUCUCCACUGAUUUCCACCCGCACGAUUGCGGUAUCUUGGACUCCAUCCAGCAGAUACUUCUUCCGAGCACCAUCAGAGGCGGACAAGCUGUCGGCAUUGGUCCGCAAGGCGUUCGGGGGGAGCUCUAUAAACUCAAUAUCUAUUCUGCACCCUCUGGUAAAUUCCUGUCCCAUGUGGAUACCCCACGCGGAGUCAUGCAAUUUGGCUCACUCGUUGUAUGCUUGCCUUGCCAACACGAAGGCGGCAUCCUAGGAUUCUUCUGCCACCAUCAAUACGCACACUCUCAGAGAAGCGGUCGCAAAUCGAUCCCCGGUGCUUUCAAAGGCGUCGACCUCGCCAUAUUCUCCGUAUUCCACGCUCUGGGUCUCAAGGUCGGCGUUCAUCCCAUCAUUGAGAACAGAUCAGAGAACAUGGGAGGCCUGUCUGCCAGGGAGCUAAUGCGGGGCCGAACCGUCCCCAGGGAAGGGGAUUUUGUCGAGAAUUGCCUCACGAACCUCUCCGGGAAGCCAACACACCUUCGUGGCGAGGGAUUCGAUGAGGAUGUUGAAAUCUCGUAUGAUGCAAUGGAUGGCAGUGACAGUGAAGAAGAAAAAGAGGGUUUGUACUACUAUAACAAUCUUGAAGACAAAUUCUCUAAAUGCGGCCAAGCAGAAUACACCACCAUCGUUGGGACGAAGCUCCACGGGCCCACAUUCGAUAAAUCCUACGAAGAGGAGUCCAAAGAGCCCGUCACCGCCGCAUGGCCGCACCAGAAAGUACCUCAGAUCGUAUGGCUAAACGAACCCAUGCACAAAGAAUUCGCGCAUGCCGGACUGGCGUACGGCAACGAAGCGACCCUGAACUACCGCUUCUCCGCCGCCGCGAUCCUCGUCGUCGUCCCGCCGAGCGAGACGCGAAUCCACACAGCUGCACCACGGGCAGAACGAGUCGUCGCGUCGAGCUCGUCGCCUAGCACCGUCGUCGGCACACCAGAUUCCAGCGGGAGCGUAGAUCCGGGAUGCACUUACGCGUCCGGCGCGAUGGGGGCGCGUUGGGAUGGGGAGGGGGAUGGAUCCGGGGGGGGUGAUUGGUUGCGGGGAAAUGGUUUCUAG